UACUUUGUAGUGUGGAUGGCCAAUGCUUAAAACCGGGAUUGGAAGAACCAACAAAACCUGGAGAAGAUUCAGGAAGAUGCUACCGGAAAUCGUGGUGUCCAUGGAGACGUUAUCGGAAGUUGGGGUUGCUAGGAGGCCUGGGCGCGUCCGCUAAGUUGCAGAAUGGCUGAAGUCCCAGAAGAUUUCCACCUUGGCCCAGAAGAGACGCUGGAGCCUGAGACACUCAUACUGCCUGGACCUCUUGAGUUGCCCAAAGAUGCCGAAACAGACGCUGUGGCGGAGACAGAUGCGGAGCCACCUGCAGAGAUUGACCAAGAGCCACCGCCACCGGAAACCCAGGGUGAGGACUUGGAAGAGGAGGAGCCUGAGAGUUCUCAGAGUGGACAGCCACAAUCAGCCGGGACGCCUGAGGAAGACACUGCUGCCGACGCUGGGACCGACUUGUCUGGUGAAACGGAACAAAGGAUUCCCCAAGAGGUCAAGUCAGAGACUUCAGGAGAAACCGACAAGGAGAUCUUCAAGGAUCUGGAGGUGCCCGGGGAUGAACAGCGUGAGGAAACCUACCUGGAGCCAUCGGAGGAGGCGAAAUCAGAUGUUACAGAGGUUCACACGGAGACAGAGGAGGAUUCGGAGCUAUCCUCCGAGGUGCCCGCGGCCACAAUCAGUGGGAAAAUAUUCGAGCUGCUAAAUGUUCCAGAGGAAUCGCUUAGCGAACAACACGCAGAAACGGAUGUGGAGCCUCCAGAGCAGAUCAGAGAGGAUUCCCCAAGUGAUGCAUCAGUAACAGGGGAUGAAGAGACGCUAGAGAUAGCCCAGAUGGCUGGAGCCGAGAUUCCAGAGGAAACACAAGAAUUUCCAGACGACAAGCUGAGACAGUCAAUGGAGGACAAAGCUGCAGAGCCAGCAGAAGAGAUCACAUCCGAAUUUGCCGAGGAAAGAUCGAGGGAACCAAGUCCGACACUGUCAGAACAGACGGGAUCAGAAGUUCCAGAGGACACAGGCGAAGAGUCAGAAGAGGGGAUGGAAAAACAGUCCUCAGAGGAUACCGGUCUAAUGCCUCCAGAGGAAAGCAGGCCAGAAGUUCAAGAGGAGACCCGAAGAAAAUCAGUUGAGGAAGUUCUAGAGCUAACAAAAGACAAUAAACCAGAAGAUCAAAUCAAGAAGCAAGGGGAAUCAACUGAAGAGCUAGAGCUACUACAGCAGGCUGAAACAGAGGAGACACUGGGAGAGUCAGCUGAAGAGAAAGAGCUAGAACUACCGGAACAGGUGCAGCCAGAAUUUCCAAAGGAAGAACUGUUACAGAAACCAACGGAGGGCACAGGUCAGGUGCCACCACAGGAGACCAAGCCAGAGACUCAAGAGAAGACAGCAACCAUGCCAACUGAGAGAAGUCUAGAGUUACCAGAGGAAACCCAACAGAAAGAAACGCUUGCAGAACUUGCCAAGGAAGACAGGCCCGAGCCCAUCAAAUCUGUAGACCAGGAGGAGCUGCAGCGCUCUGAGAGCCUUAGAAUAGACCUUGCCUUAGAGCCUGACCGAGGAAGUGAAGUCAUAUCUGUUUCUACAGAUUAUGAGUAUUACUCAGAACUUCAAAGCAUGCUUCCACCUGUUCAGUCACAUUACUGCAACGUGUGUAUCGUAGAGUCACAGCCUGAACUCACAGACCUUACUAAAAAGACUACAGAUUCAUCCCAAGAAUUGCAGGAACCAGGACCUAAAGAUAAAGGAAUCCAGCCGAAAAAAAGAAGUGUGCCACAAUUUGAUUAUCUCAAGUGGAGUCCAGAGAGAGUGGCAGAGUGGAUUAGUGAGUUAGGCUUCCCACAGUACAAGGAGUGCUUCACUGCAAACUUCAUCAGUGGCCAAAAACUCAUCCAUGUCAACUGCUCCAACCUCCCUCAGAUGGGGAUAACGGAUUUUGAGGACAUGAAGGCAAUUUCUCGGCACACGCGGGAACUACUGCAAAUUGAAGAGCCAUUAUUCAGACGCAGCAUCCGAUUUCCCUAUAGGGACAAUACUGGCCUCUUUUUACAGCAGAAGGCCCAUAGUGGAGCAAAAUCUGAUGCCUUAACCUUAUCUGAAUUUGUCAAAGCAGCAAGAUUACAGGAUUAUGCUCCUCAAAUAACUGCCCUGGAAGAGAAUGGGGCACCCUAGGGAAGGCCAUUUUACCUAGCCUGGAAAAUCGCACAAUUCCUCGGGGAAAGAAGUGUGGUCUUCUUGGGCUUUUCUGUUUUGCCAUUUCAUUCAAGCUCAGAGUUAAAACUCCUGGCUGCAUUCCCAAUUUUUCACUGACUCAUGGUACC